UGUUAUUCACUAAGUCAGUCUUGGAAAGGGCUUCUGGUUCCUUUGUGUAAUAAGGUGAAUGUACUGUUGUUUUUUCCAUGUGCUAGCUGAGCGAGCUCGAGUGGGUCUUGCACCUUUGCCUGGAAUGAAAGGAACAGAUUACAUUAAUGCUUCUUACAUCAUGGGAUAUUACAGGAGCAAUGAAUUUAUUAUAACCCAGCAUCCUCUGCCACAUACUACGAAAGAUUUCUGGCGAAUGAUUUGGGAUCACAAUGCACAGAUCAUCGUCAUGCUGCCAGACAACCAGAGCCUGGCAGAAGAUGAGUUUGUCUAUUGGCCAAGUCGAGAAGAAUCCAUGAACUGUGAGGCUUUUACUGUCACCCUCAUCAGCAAAGACAGACUGUGCCUCUCUAAUGAAGAACAAAUUAUCAUCCAUGACUUUAUCCUUGAAGCUACACAGGAUGACUAUGUCCUAGAAGUCCGGCACUUUCAGUGUCCCAAAUGGCCUAACCCAGAUGCCCCCAUAAGCAGUACCUUUGAACUGAUCAAUGUCAUCAAGGAAGAGGCCUUAACAAGGGAUGGCCCCACCAUUGUCCAUGAUGAGUAUGGAGCGGUUUCAGCAGGAAUGUUAUGUGCUCUUACCACCCUGUCCCAGCAACUGGAGAAUGAAAACGCGGUGGAUGUUUUCCAGGUUGCAAAGAUGAUCAAUCUUAUGAGACCUGGAGUCUUCACAGACAUUGAACAAUACCAGUUUGUCUAUAAAGCGAUGCUCAGCUUGGUCAGCACUAAAGAAAAUGGAAAUGGUCCCAUGGCAGUGGACAAAAAUGGUGCUGUUCUAAUCGCAGAUGAAUCAGACCCUGCCGAGAGCAUGGAGUCUCUAGUGUGACUGGAAUUCUGAAGGGCACUUCGUUUGUAGACUUCUGAAGACUAAGAACUGUUUUGAGGCCUUUUUUGCCAGACUCCAGGUUAUACAAUAACCCAGUUACUUUUUUACACUGAUAAAAUUUUUGAUAUUUAUUUUUUGUCAUUUUAUGUCUUAAUGGUAUCCUACCGAGCAUUUGCACCUCUGUUCAUUUCACACGGUGAAACACAAUUUUACCUAGUUUGCACUAUAUGAUCAGUGUUACUGCCUAUAAUCUGAUUACUAAAGCAAACCCUGAUGUGACAUUCCAUGACAACA